GAUGGGGACUGCUGGACGAAGGCCAACCCCAGGACUUGGAGCCAGACGUCAGAGAGAAGCUGGAUUCCCUUGUGAGCAGCUCCCACAGCCCCCACAAGUGCCCUUCCCCUCGGCAGCUCCGGGAGGUGCCAAGGUCCCGGUGCAGACAUGGCAUUUAGGAGGACAGAGGGAAUGUCCAUCAUGCAGGCCUUGGCCAUGACCGUGGCAGAGAUCCCCGUGUUUGUUUACACGACUUUUGGGCAGUCUGUGUUCUCUCAGCUGAGACUCUCUCCAGGCCUGAGGAAGGUGCUGUUUGCCACAGCCCUGGGCACAGUUGCCUUGGCUCUUGCGGCUCAUCAGCUGAAGCGCCGGCGCCGGCGGAAGAAGCAAAUCGCUCCCGAGAAAUGUGGAUUUAAACCAGGAGGGAUCACAGUGCCCAUCCUGCCAACCAGAAGGGUCUCCUCCGUGAAGAAAGGCUACUCCAGCAGGAGAGUCCAGAGCCCUGGCAGCAAGAGCAAUGACACCCUCAGUGGGAUUUCCUCCAUUGAGCCCAGCAAACAUUCCAGUUCCUCCCACAGCCUCACCUCGAUGGUGGCUGUCAACUCCUCCAGUCCAACACCUGCAGGAAUGUGGGACCCCCAGGCAAUGGGAGAUGCUGGAGCCAUGGGUGAUGCCAGUGCAGAAAGCCUCUAUGUUCAAGGCAUGGAGCUGUUUGAGGAGGCCCUGCAGAAAUGGGAACAGGCACUGAGCAUCAGGCAGAGGGACAGUGCCAGUACCAGCACCCCUGUGCCCUGGGACAGCAGGAAACAGCAGGAGAGCAUAUCUGAGAACAUCUCAGAGGAGGAGUCCCAGAAAAGGGAGUUUGCUGAGAAGCUGGAGACCCUCCUGCACCGAGCCUACCACCUCCAGGAAGAGUUUGGAUCCUCACUGCCCUCAGACAGCAUCCUGCUGGAUCUGGAGAAGACUUUAAUGCUCCCGUUGGACGGAUCGCUGCGGCUCCGGACGGAUGAUGAGGACAGCUCAGCUUCUGAGGAUUCCUUCUUCUCUGCAGCAGAGCUCUUUGACUCUCUCCCCUUUGAGGAAAUGCCGUUCCACCUCUCCAGGCCAGUGGCAGCCUACGAAGAAGCCCUGCAGCUGGUGAAGGAAGGGAAGGUCGCGUGCCGGACGCUGAGGACUGAGCUCCUUGGCUGCUACAGUGACCAGGAUUUCCUGGCUAAGCUGCACUGUGUCAGGCAGGCAUUCCAGGAGCUGCUGGAGGAUGAAAGCAAUCAACUGUUUUUUGGGGAGGUUGGGAAGCAGAUGGUCAUAGGACUGAUGACAAAGGCUGAAAAGAAUCCCAAAGCUUUCCUGGAAAGCUACGAGGAGAUGCUGCGUUACGCAAUGAAACAAGAGACCUGGCCGACUACUCAGCAGGAGCUGGAGGGAAGAGGGGUGGUGUGCAUGAGUUUCUUUGAUAUUGUGCUGGACUUCAUCCUCAUGGAUGCUUUUGAGGACCUGGAGAACCCGCCCUCCUCCGUGCUGGCCGUGCUGCGCAACCGCUGGCUCUCCGACAGCUUCAAGGAGACGGCUCUGGCAACUGCCUGCUGGUCAGUUCUGAAAGCAAAAAGGAGGCUUCUGAUGGUACCAGAUGGCUUUAUCUCUCAUUUCUACUCCGUAUCGGAGCAUGUCAGUCCUGUUCUAGCCUUUGGUUUCCUGGGGCCCAAGCAGCAGCUGUCUGAAGUCUGCAGUUUCUUCAAGCACCAGAUAGUGCAGUAUCUGAAGGACAUGUUUGACUUCGACAACGUGAGGUACACGACGGUGCAGCUGCUGGCAGAGGACAUCCUGCAGCUGUCGCGGCGGCGCAGCGAGAUCCUCCUGGGAUACCUGGGCACCGAGAGCUCCCCGGAGAUGAACGGCACGCUCCCUGGGGACACAGAGCCGCUGAAGGAGGAGCUCAUCUGAUGUCAGGGGAGGAAAACGCUUUUUGUACAAGGACCUUUUCCUCCCAGAGGUGGAUAAAACUCCCUGCAGCGUGCAGCGGUGGCAGCAAGACUGUCUCAACACACCUGGCGGGACCUUCUGCUUUUUGUAGCCAGUAGUGUUUGCUGGGAUGGAUCCAGGACCACUUGCCAGCUUAUGGUUUGAAUUUCUUCUUUGUUCCACCUUCCUGUUCUUUUUAUUAUUAUUACUUUUAGUGUGUCAUAUAUACAUUGUGUCCUGAACUGCCCGGGCCCAGAUUUCUGCCCAUUCUCUCGAGUAGGGCAAAUGUACGUUCCUGUUUUGCCUGUGUGUGUUUCCUGGGAGGUAAUCCCUGAUGUUUACGGUGUGGGAACAGGAAUGUCAGUAGCAAAUUCUCCACUUGACCAUUAGCUUCUCAAGGAGGCUUUGCUUGCUUUGGGGUUUUUAUUACUGUUCCUCUCUGCUGUGUUCCUGCAGACAUUAAUUACUGUUGAUUUUUACCUUCCCUGUGUUAACACAUGCAAUGUGACUAGAGAAGAUUUCUUUCCUGGGGAGGAAGAAAUAGUUCUGUAAAGCACUGUAAAGCACUGCAGUUCUGAAGCUCUAGGGAAGUUGGUCUGUUCCCUUGGUGUUGCUGCUCUUUGCAGACCAAAUGACGGGGUCUGUGCUGUGGUAAUCUUUGCUUAGGAGGUUGCUGAGGUCUGUGCUUGCCCCCAGGGCAAGUUAGUGUGAGGAGGGGAUUUGCAUCCUGCCUGGGCGUGCACAAAGUGUUUACCAUCCCUCCAAGUGCCUUGCUGGAUUUCGGGAUGAGCCAGCAGCAGGUUUUUGCUGGGUAGGAGCUGUGGGGUGUGUACAAGCAGCGUAACGUGGUGCCUAUUGCUGUUAUGCACAAGGUGGUCAGAGGUGUGGAGGGUGGAUGUGUGCACAAAAGGGCUUGUGUGUGCAGAUGGUUGGAGAGCUGGGGUCAAGCCUCUAGAGAGGAAAUGACUCUUGGUAGUCUGUCAGUCCUAACAAACAGAGGGUAGUUUUGGGUGAUGGUGGAAGGUGUGUGUGUGUAUGACGUGGUUCUGCUGGGGUUGGAUCCCCUCAAAUGCUGUGAUCCCGACUGCACGGCCAGCACCUGGAAUCUGGCUGCUCUGGGAUGUGAGCUGAGUUGGAUACUCGUGUGGGACAGCAGGAGUGGAGUGUGAUGGACUUGCAGAAUCACAGAAUAUGCUGAGUUGGAAGGGACUCAUCAGGAUCAUCGAGUCCAACCCCCGGCCAUGCACAGGACACCCCAAGAAUCCCAUCCUGUGCCUGGGAGCGUUGUCCAAAGGCUCCUUGGACUCAGACAGGCUUGGUGCUGUGACCACUUCCCUGGGCAGACUGUUCCAAUGCCCAAACCUCCCUGUGGGGGAAGAACCUCUUCCUAAUACCCAACCUAAACCUCCCCUGACUCAGCUUCAUGCUGUUGAUUUGAGGCAGUCCUGGCUUUUGUGUGAGGUUUGCAGUGAUUUGCUGAGUCCUCUGAGUGCAGUGUCACAGAUGAAGUUGAGGUCCAGCCUGUGCUUCCUCCUAUUUCAGUUCAUGUAAAGCUCCAAGUCCCACUCUUGGAAUGGGGAGGUCUUUAGGACUUCCACAAAAACAUGAGAUUCACUGUGUUUGUUCCAGGCUGAUUGGGUACCCCUUGUUCUGUUCCAGGUAAAAGACACAAGUCUUAUCCAGCCAUAUUUUUACAAGGGGAAAAAAAAAGAAAUAUGUAAGAAUCUGGAAUUUCCAUAUGAGUGGAAAGUCAGUGCAUGGGCUUGGAGAAUACAAAUCUCUUGUCUCUCUUCAGAUAUCCAGUGUGGAUUCUGCUGGUAAAAGCAGGUAGGAAGUAAACAGAGAAAAAAAACCAAACAGGAGGAUGUAAAAGGAGCAGAUAAAUGUGCUGUGCCACGUGCUCUGGGGUCACCCUGCUCGAGCAGGGAGGUGGGACCAGAUGACCCACUGUGGUCCCUUCCAACCUGACACAUUCUGUGGUUCCCUGCAACGCUCCUGAGAUGUUUGCAAGAGGUUAAGUGUAGAGCACGUAACAUCUGGUGCUCUGUAAGCACAUCAGGCUGAUGGGGCUUAUCCUGGAAACCAGAUUAAUGCAAUAAACAGGACAAUGCUGAGGCAGAAAUGAGGAGCAGCUGCCCCAAGUGAGGCUGCACGGAAUAAACUGUUAUGAGAAGGAUUUAAGGGACAGCAGUUUAAACCAGGAAAGGUCUCUGAGGUGUCUUGCUCCUGGCAGUGUGCAGGACGAGGAGAAACAGAGCACAAUUAGCAGGACAUGCUUGCUACAUGUAAACUGUGAUUCAAAAGGAUGGUAUAUUGUGAAAGCAAGUUGCUUUGCAGGAAAAAAAAAAGGUUAUUGUGCUUUGUGCUCUUGUAUGGCUGGUUUAGAAGAAAGAGUCACUUCAGCAGCUUUUGUAUAGCGGUUAAAGAGAUGCUAAAAUGUGAAGAUUAAUGUAACAAGACAGAUUGUAAUUCUAAACAAUCAGUGCUGUUAAAUGCUCAUUUUUAGAGUUGUUUUAUGUGUAUUUAUUUACUGUUCUGAGUGUCUUUUGGCCUCAGUGCUCGGGCAGCCUGCCUGCUUUGUGUACAGACAAGAACACUGGCUGCUGACUUUGGGCUUUCUGCAGCCCUAGAGGAGGCUGAAGCAGGGUCCCCCUGAAGCAAACACUAACUUGCACUGUGGCUUUUUAAGCUGAGAAAUUGUAAAUUCCUAAUCAAUCCAGUGAACAAAGACUGUUUUAUUACAGCUUGAUGCUUUUCUUUUCCUUAGCCCUUGUUGCAGGUAGGGCACUGCUGCCCUCCCAGUGAAGGUAAAGAGGACUCUGCCUCAGAAACUUCUGCAGCUUCUUGAGCGUUGAGUUGUCCCUCUCUGCCCACAACGCUGACAGGGAUCCUGAGAUCCCUAGAAAUCCCUGAGAUCCCCCUUUCCCCAGCAUAUUGUGUUUGGCAAAGGAAAUUCUUCAGCAUUAGCAGCAGAGAGACAUAUUCAGGUAGAAUCCCUAGAGAUGAGACAUUUGCCUUUUUUUAUGAUGAACCCUUAUUCUCAAGGGGUUAAAUCAGUCUGGGCUGACACUUGCAAGAUUUUAACACUGAUGGGGAUUUAAAGUGGCUUAGCAGCUCUGAAAUAAAAUCCCUCAGUAAGUUUCUGAUGCUUAAACAGAAUUUAAAAUAUGCAUGACUUUCAUUUUUUAUGUGGAGGCUGUAACAAGCUUCACCAGUGGUUAAAGUACAUACUCAGUACUUUAGUAUGUAUGUAGAGACUCUGCCAAAUGGCUUUAGGAGGGUCUUUAGGAUCUUUAAAGCACAUUAAUAAAAAAAUUAUGAGGAAAAAUCUGCCUUGUAUCUACAAGAUCAGUGUGGCUUUGAAGAGCAUGACUUGUGCUGUCUCAUACAGGGAGGUGGGAAAGCAGGAUUUUAUUUACCCCUCUUCAGUAGAACAUUCCUCUGCCAUAUCUGAAACUAAUGAAUGUAAACUUGUGCCUGUUUUUUUCUUGAUUUCCUAAAGGUGUAAAAAUCUGUUCUUGUUUUGCUUCUUUUUUCUUUGCAGCUAAUUUUUUUUUUCUUUUUAAUAUCUUUAAUCUUAGGAUGUGGGCAUUACAAGUCAAAUAAAACUUUCCUUCAUUGA